CUGGCGAAAGAAAUCUCCGAGCGCGACUACCACGAUUUGCUGGUGAUCUCGGUCCUCAAGGGCUCCUUCGUCUUUGCCGCCGACCUGAUCCGUGCCAUGCACGAUGUCGACCUGUCGCCGGAGGUCGAGUUCAUCUUCAUCUCCAGUUACGGCGCCGGCACGACCAGCGGCGAGGUCAAGGUGCUGCGCGACAUCGACAACGAGGUCGCGGGCCGUGACGUGCUGUUGAUCGACGACAUCCUGGAGUCUGGCAAGACGCUGUCCUACACGCGUGAUCUGAUGAUCCGGCGCGGCGCCAAAAGCUGCUCCAUCGCCGUGUUGCUCGACAAGCGGACGCGUCGGCAGGUCAAGCUCGACGCCGAUUUCGUCGGCUUCGACUGCCCCGACUAUUUCGUCGUCGGCUACGGCAUGGACGUAGCGCAUGCCUUUCGCGAACUGCCGUUCGUGGGCGUGGUGAAGGGUGAUGCGUGA